AUGGCGUGCUCAUGCAGUGCACUGCGCUUGGCAUCAUUAUCACAGCAGGGAGGGAUGGGUUUCGGCUCGGAACGCCACGCGCAGGAGUUUUUUCAUCGUUUGGUGGUCAAAUUCUGGUCUCCCUUUAAUCAGGGAAGAAAAGGCUUCAGUUUAUCGGUGUACAACUUUAAGGAAAACCUGGACAACAUCGUUUUACCCAACCAUUUCACAGUACAGCUGAAUGGCGUGGUGGGGGGUCGUGGACUUCUGGAAGAUUUCUUUACCGUGCUUUUAUGCGGUUUCGACAUCGAGAAUGUGGUGGUGAAAGCCCCUUGUGGGGUAUCUCCAUCUGGUGCUUUUGUGGCCGAUCAUUUUACCUUAUGUGGGGACUAUACCAUCUCCCACGUGCGCUCCUUCUUAGGAUGGAAGCCAAGCACUCAUGGGAAUGCUCUUCUUCCAUCGGAGACGGUUUUGGCAUCGGCGUUGUUUCCGGAGCAGCCUCAGUUGCAGGACCUUAGUACCGCGCAGGAUCACCUCCAGCUCAAAAUUCCCUUCAGAGUCUAUGUUGAGGGAUCAUUAACGCAUCCUCGGCUUUGCCACAUGGUUCUGCGCACGCCGGUGUUUGAUACGCUCGCGGGGUUGCCCACUAGGUGGGGGUGCCCGGAGGAAGUGAAGCAGAUCCUGCGCGAUCCUGAGGCUCUUAAGAUGCUCGCGACGCUACGUCAAGCCAAUGUCUGCGCGAAGAUGAUAUCCGCGAAGACGCUUCUGCGGGCUCGAAACCCGGCGGAGGGGUGUGUGGAUACCUCUUGA